AUGAUGCAACAAAAUAAUGAUUAUGUGGCCAUGAAUUUAUCGAAAAAUAUCACAAAUUCUACAAAUGAUGAUAGCAAUUUAAGUUUGGAUAUGGAUUUAUCCACUUCAACUCAAGAAAAUUUGACCAGUACUCCCACCAAGAAAUACCCUAUGUAUAUUGUCAUUAAUGAAUAUACAAAACGAAUGGAUGACGAAUUAGAUAUGAAACCAGGUGAUAAGAUUCAAGUCAUUACCGAUGAUGAAGAAUAUAAUGACGGAUGGUACUUUGGUAAGAAUUUAAGAACUGGUGAAGAAGGGUUAUAUCCAGUGGUAUUCACCCAACAGAUCAGUAUUGAAAAACAUCCUAAAUUAACAAGAGUUAAAUCAGCCAAAAGAAUUACCACCAAUAAUUCUUCAUCAUCCAAUCUUAAUACAAAUAGUUCCACAACUGAUCUUUAUUCUUCUCAAAAUGAAGAUUCAAAUUCAGAAUUACCUACACCUCAACCAGUAGAAACUGCAACCUCCAUACGAUUACCAAAUUCAAGUCCUACUAAUAAUAAUAAUAAUAAAUAUAAUAAUAUAGGGUCCGAUUCGGCAAACUUGAUUAAAAAUAGCAUGAAAUCAUCACAAUCAAAUAAUAUUUUUAAAUCGAAUGUUCCAGAAGGUAGAAACAUUUCAGUUAAAUCAACCAUGUCUGAUAUUGAUAGAGCUUUACAAGAAUUGAAAAUAGAUGAAAGAAAAUUUGAAGAAGAAGAAGCAGAAGAAGCUUUGAAAGAAGAUCAAUUACGUGGUAAACUUAAGGAUAAACUAAAUGAAUAUAAAUUCAAUGAAUCUCCCUCUGUUUCUCCAAAUUCACCUGCAUCAUUUGGGAAAUUCAAUUCUAAUGAUUUCACUACUACAGAAGAUAAUAUCAAUACCACUAAUACUACUGCUACUGCUACCACCAAGGACCUUAAUAACGUUUACAAUAACAAAAAUAAUAGUAAUAGCAAAUUAUUUACCACCAUCACUUCUAAUGAAGGUGAUGACGAAUUGAAUUAUACUCAACAAACAAUGAUUUCAAAUACUACUGGUUUAAAUCUAAAUAACUAUCAAGGUAGUUCUCAAGAGAGCUCCCAAAACGUCACACAAAGUUCGAUAUCAAGAAGUUCAUCUUUUAAACAAAAUCCACUAUCCGAUAUCCCAAGACAAAAGACCUCUUUAUCUAGAACUAAUUCUCAAAAGAAAAUCAAGGGUCAAUUGUCAAGAGCCUCUUCGCAAUCAAGGCUCCAAAAUUCUAAUAAUGCCAUUGCAAGCUCAGUAUCCAUAAAUAAUUCUUUAGCAAACACUAACUCCAAUGUUAGUAGUUCUGCAGAUGAUUCUUUCACCAACUCCUCUAAUAAUAAUAAUCAAGAUUAUAAUAAAGAUUUUUUGAAAAACGUUACUACAACAAGCAGUGGUAUUAGUAACAGCAAUGUUAAUUCGAAACCAUUCGUCAAUAACAACAAAUUUAACGAUACUACGGACAGAAACUUUUCUACUACUAGUAAUUCAAACGCAUCUGUCAUUAAAAAUAUUAUGUCAGAUCAUACAAUUGAUCCUAAUCAAAAUAAAGUAGAACUUGAUAAACCACAACUUUCUGCUUCAAAUGCUCUACAAUGGUCUCCAGAGGAUGUUACAAAUUAUUUUUUACAAAAGGGAUUCACUGAAAAAGAUGCUUCCAAGUUUACCAAACAUAAGAUUUCGGGUUCUAUCCUUUUAGAACUAGAAUUGGCUCAUUUAAAAGAAUUGGAAAUAAAUUCAUUUGGUACUAGAUUCGAAAUACAUAAAGAAAUUGGACAUAUUAAAGAAGCAGUAGAAAAUGGGUUGACUCCAUCAUCUUCAGCUCCUCAGCAACAAGGUGAUAUGUCAACACUAACAGCUCCAUCAAUGAGAGAGGUGAGUAAUAGAACUAAUUCAAAUUCAAAUUCAAAUUCUUCAGGUUCUACGCAACAACAGUAUCCUCAAUCUCCUUCACUUGAAAACAAAAUGUCUAAUGGUCAACAGCAGCAGCCAUUUAAUAAUUCAAAUGUUCGUUCUACAACAAGAACACAAGCACAACAACUGGAUCUUGAUGAAAAUUAUGAUGAUCCUAAGUUAUACAAUUCAACUAAAACUCCUACAUCAAACGAUAUUUAUUUAGAUGAUUUCGAUCAACAAUUGAUGCCUCCUGCUUCUGUUAAUCAAGAUUUUGAAUCAGGUAUGAAUUCACCAGCUUCUGAUUAUAGUAAUAAAUCAAGUCCCUCCAUAAAUCAUCCUCCAAAGAAUCAAAGAGAUAAUAUACUUAACACUCCAAAUUCUACCAAUUCGGUUCCUUUAAGAACUGCACAAACAAAGCCAUCUACUUCAAAGAAAAGACCUGUAUCGUUAUUGAUUAAUGGCCAGCGCACUAAUUCAAUGCUAGUUGAUGAAACUUUGUUAUCACAACGUAAUACUUCAGAAAUUAUUAAUAAUGAUGCAUUGUUUAGUUCUCCAAGAAGAGCUCCAAAACCACCUUCUUACCCAUCACCUGUACAACCACCUAAAUCUCCAUUAAUUAAUAAUAAAAAGGCCAACUUCUCUAGAUUUGAUCCUCAAGAGGUACAGACAUCUCCUUUGGCCAAUUCCAAGACACCUACUACACCUCAAAAAAUUGAAAAUCCAUUAUCUAAGAACCGUUUAUCUUACCAAAGAAACACACCUUCUUCUGUAGAUCCUUCCAAGGCAUCCAAACAAAGAGAAGUAUCUUCUCAUUCUCCUAGUCGUCUAGCUUCAUAUAAUAAGGAUGCAAAUAUUUCCUCAGAUUCUGCUAAUAAAUAUUCCUCAAUGAAGACGAAAGGACAAAAGCCAACUAGUACAUUAGAUCCAGGAAGUAGAAAACCGAAGAAUGGACAGACUGAUUUGUAUAAUAGAGCUGCUAUGUUAUCACAAUCUGCAAAUGAUUCUGCUAAGAAAAAUAUGAAUAAUAUGAAUAAUAAUAAUAAUAAUAAUAAUAAUAAUAAUAACAAUUAUGCAUUUGAGAAUCCACACUUUAUGGAUCAAAGUAGUGAUCGUGCUGCCUCUAGUUUUUAUGCUAGUGAUUCGGAUUCGGAAUCUAAACGUAUGUCAGGCUCAAAAUACAAUGAAUCGAAUAAUAGAGAAUCUAUUCAAACUUCAUUUUUUUCAGCAAGAAACUCACAAUCCAAGAGUGGCUCUCCAGUUCGUACAUCUAACGCCACUGGUGAAUCUAAGCAAAGCACUAUAACAGCUUCUAAUAAAGAUCCAGUUGUGUUAAGUCCUUAUAGACAGCAAUUUACUGAGAAUGCCACGGAUUCAACUCCUACAGGUAAUAGAACAUCUAGAUAUUAUACUCCAACAGGAAAAUCACCAUCAAAGCAAACACCUCAUGGAUUUAAUAACACACUUCCAACACCCGCUCCAUUAUCUGGAACUCUAACCAAUAACUCACCAAAAUACACUAGUUCUUCAAACGACGAUAAAUUUAGAUCUGUUAGUGCUAAGAAUCCAUCUAAUGACUCCUUCCAUGAUGCUGUCGAUACAUUAUUGACUGAUGAAGAGCAAGCUAAACAACGGUCAGUAAGUGAAGCACCAGGCAGUAAGCAAAAGCAAAUGAGAAAAUUACCUGGUAGAGCUGCUGCUAAACAACAAACCUCUGCAUUUAUGGAAGGUAUUAGAACAAUUAACGUUAAAGACGCUAUUAAAGAUGCUGAUUGUUCUGGUUGGAUGAGUAAAAAAGGUUCUGGUGCCAUUGGUGCAUGGAAGAAAAGAUUUUUUACAUUACAUGGCACAAGGCUAUCUUAUUUUGCUAAUACUUCCGAUACAAAAGAACGCGGCUUAAUUGAUAUUACAGCUCAUCGUGUUACUCCAGCAAGAGAGGAUGAUAAGUUAGUAUCAUUAUAUGCAGCAAGUACUGGUAAAGGUCGUUUUUGCUUUAAGUUAGUACCACCACCUCCUGGUUCUAAGAAAGGCUUAACAUUCACCCAGCCUCGUGUUCAUUAUUUUGCUGUUGAAACUCAAGAAGAAAUGAGAAUGUGGAUGUCAGCGUUAAUCAAGACUAGUAUUGAUAUUGAUACAAGUGUGCCAGUUAUCAGUUCGUACACUACACCAACUGUUUCUUUGUCUAAGGCAAAAGAGAUGUUACAACAAGCAAGAGAGGAAACUAAGCUUAGAGAAGAGCAAGAUAACUUAGAUAAUCCAAUGGAAAAUAUGAAAUGGGAUGAAGUAAAUGCCUCUCCUCAGGCUGAACAAGAUUUCAAUAGUCCAUCUGAAGCUUUAAAUCGUUCUAAUUUAACUCCACAUAAAUCAAGCACAUCUAGUAAAGGACACAAGUUUUCUUCUCCGGUAGCUACUCGUUCAUCUAACGAGAUGACCAACUCGAAUCAAAAUUCGACAUCUAAUCAGAGAACACAUAAUACUAAUGGGAAACAUUAUAACCCACAUAGUAAUCAUACAAGUAAUAAUAAUAGUAACGGUAACAGUAAAGCUACCAGUCGUAGCAAUAGCAAAGCCGCAAGUAACAACAAUAGCAACAACAAUAGUACCCUUUUCAACACAACUUCGAACGGUGCCGCUGGAUCUAUUGGAUUUUCAAGUCCUUAUUUAAUGGCAUCAGGUAUGGCACCACAACUGGGCCGUUCUAACAGCAAUCGCAUUACUAAUAAUAAUAAUAAUAUAAAUUCCGGUGAUAUUUAA